AUGGCUGUAACAUUUACAGGAUUACCUCAGUGGUUUGGAUGCAGGAUUGGAAGAGACGACAAUCCCAGCAUGACUAAUAUUCUUUAUAAUAAAUUAGCCCAGUUCUUCGGAACAUUGUUUGGGAUUAAAACUCUUGAUAAAAAGGUUAUAUCGGACCGUCAAAACGAAAAUCAUGAAAUUGGAAAUAGCUGCCCUCGCUCGGAAUCUGUGUUUGAGGAUAUGAACGCUCACAGGCUAAAGAGGAACAGCGCUAUGGCAAAUAUGGAAGGCUCAAGUGAGACGAAUUACCUCAUGAGCCAAAGAAAAGAGGAAGACAAGGAUAUCGAAUUUUUGGAAAUUUUGGGCAAGUUGAUCAACGUACCACACGCGACCGAAUUCCCUAAGCCCUCACUGCUCGAGGAUUUCAAGAGGAAUCAUAUCCAUGAAAUGUUCCUCGGGAUGAAGAGGAGGACAGAGAGGCUGGCGAGGGAAGACAGUGCACUCCGAAGGAUGCAAGAGGACAAUGACCGGCACCAGAGGAGGAGCGUUCAGCGUGAGAGGAGGAUAAGAAGUCUGCAGGAAGAAGUCGCUGCUUUGGCGGCCGACAAUAAAAAAACCAAAAGAGAAAUGGAAGAGAGACUUCGCCUUCUCUUAGAAGAAAGGAAUCAUCUCCAGAGUGAAAAUCUGGUUAAGGAGACGAAGAUUGACCGUCUCGAAAACGAGAAAAUAGAAGAUAUUAAUAAGAUAGUCUCUUUGGAAAGCAAUCUGGAAGCCAUGAAGAGGCAAAUGAAUGCUCUAACGAUAUCUUUGCAAGAAAAAGAAAGAAACUUCAUGGAAAAGGAAGACGCAAUCACCGAACUGAAGACAGAAAACGCCAGGCUCGAAAAGGAACUAAAUACGAGUGAGAGAGAAAAAGACGAAGGGAGAAAGACAGUCGAGGAGGCGAUGAAGGAAAUAGUGACAUUAAGAGAGAGGCAAGAGCAACUUUUGGAGCGGUUAGUGGAGGAAGAGAGAAGGAGUGAAGAAAUGGCAAGCGCAGUGCUAAGUCUUUAUCAGAAAAUGAGCGCCGAGGACUCUCCAAUUGAGCCGAGCGAUCGGCACCCAAGUCCAGAGGAUUCGGGAACAGAACAGAGGGCGCCCUCCCCUCCACUGGACGAAAGCAAUGAAAAUGGCUGGAUAUGUAUGGAGGACUGUGAAUACUAUGUAAUGUGUGAUGAAAAAGACAAUCCAUCCAGCCAAAGUCUUUCUUCAAUAGCAGAUUGCGAAUUCCACACUGUGUGUCGGUAUUCGUGGCCCAUGAGAGAUUCAGGAGAACCGACUGUAUAUGAGCACGACAGUAAGUUAGAAAGUGAAGCUAACGACGACCUUAUGUCAGAAGGAGUUCAGGAAGUACUUCUCAAUGAAGGACAGGAACGUUCAAACGCAGAGAUGAUAACUAAGGAAGACAUAGGGGAGUUACUUGAAGAAAUAGAGGAGAGACUUAGAGAGGAAAUAGAAAAGACAAUUGAGGAAGAGUGGGCUGAUGUGUACCUUAUGGUUUUAUAUGAUAUACUCGAAGAUAAAGAGGUGACACCUGAUUAUGGGGAGAUACUUGAGAUUGUACUUGAGGAAACAAAGUUGCCCCCUGAAGAUUUAGAGGAAUUACUUGACGGAACAAAAAAUAUGCUCAGGGAGGAAAUUAAAGGUAUGCCUAAAGAGUGUUUAGAAGAGAUACUUGAGGAUUUAGAGAAGAUACUUCAGGAGGAGAUAAAGGAGAGUGUUAAGGAGAUGAUGGCUGAAAGGAGGACGAAAAGAAAAUGGGGAAAAAAAUUAUGGAAAUCACUAAUUCGGAAGAAAAGGCAGAGAAAAGAGCUAAGGAAACCAGAAUUAAGGCCUCAAGAGCAGGAAGAGGUGGACAAUCCUCAAAUGUCUACAAAAAGAAAAUGCUUAUUGGGAAAAAAAAGCAUUUGUAAAGCAAAGCUGUAA